GGACGUUCUAAGGCUGGCAAACUUGUGUUUAUUGAAACUGAAGCGUUCAUAAUCUGAAAGAGAAGCCGUGGCAAGUCUGCAGUAUUAACCGAAGGAUAAGUAAGCCUGUAGUAUAAGACCGAGGAUGCGGCGUGAACCUGGGCCUAUCCAGAUCGUGACCGUCAACAAGGAGGAUCACUCCUUUGACCUGGAUACAGAGGCGCUCAGUCGAAUUCUGUUGGAACCUGAGAUCCGAGAUAAGGAUGUGGUGGUGAUGUCGGUCGCUGGUGCCUUCCGAAAGGGGAAAAGUUUCCUUUUGGAUUUCAUGCUCCGAUACAUGUAUAAGAAGCCAGGGCAGGACUGGCUUGGAGGAGAGAACGAGCCCCUGACAGGGUUCUCCUGGAGAGGAGGCUCAGAGCCGGAGACCACUGGCAUCCAGCUAUGGAGUGAAGUCUUCGUGGUGCAGAAGAAGGAUGGAAGUGAGGUUGCAGUGCUUUUGAUGGAUACACAGGGAGCGUUUGAUUCUCAGUCCACAGUGAAAGAUUGUGCCACCAUCUUUGCCCUCAGCACCAUGACCAGCUCUAUCCAGAUUUAUAACCUGUCGCAGAAUAUUCAGGAAGAUGAUCUACAGCAACUUCAGCUGUUUACCGAGUAUGGCCGACUGGCAAUUGAUGAAAUAUUUCUGAAGCCUUUUCAGUCACUUAUGUUUUUGAUCAGAGACUGGAGUUUCCCUUACGAAUACAAAUACGGUUUUAAGGGAGGAAGUGAUUUCUUGGACAAACGACUGCAGGUGAAGCAGAUUCAGCAUCAGGAGCUUCAGACAGUGAGAGAGCACAUUCGUUCCUGUUUCACCUCCAUUUCCUGUUUUCUCUUACCACACCCUGGCCUGAAGGUGGCAACAAGCCCUGCUUUCACAGGACAGCUGUGUGAUGUGGCUCCAGAGUUUAAGGAAGAGUUGCGUGUACUCAUUCCCAACCUGCUGAAGCCUGACGAACUGGCUGUGAAAGAGAUCAAUGGGAAUAAGGUGACCUGCAGGGGCUUGUUAGAAUACUUCAAGGCAUAUAUCAAGAUAUAUCAGGGAGAAGACCUUCCACACCCUAAAUCCAUGCUAGAGGCUACAGCAGAGGCCAAUAACCUAGCGGCUGUGGCGUCAGCUAAAGACCAGUACUACAAGAAUAUGGAGAAGGUUUGUGGUGGAGAUCUGCCAUAUGUGGCUCCUGACUCACUGGAGGAAAAGCACCAUUUCAUCUUGCAAGAGGCCCUCCAUCUCUUUUCUAGCACUAAGAAGAUGGGUGGGAGGGAUUUCUGUUACCGUUACCAGGAACAGUUGGAAAAAGAGCUGAAGGAGCUGUGGGAGUCUUUCAGCAAGCACAAUGAGUCAAAGAAUGUUUUCAGUGCUUUCCGGACACCUGCUGUGCUUUUUGUCCUGGUUUGCCUCCUAUAUGUGCUGUCUGGAAUCUUGCUGUUCAUUGGCCUGGAAACAAUUUCCUUUGCAUGUGACUGUGUACUUGGUCUGGCCAUGAUUGCUAUGCUGACCUGGGCCUUUAUACGUUACUCUGGCCAAUACAGAGAAGUAGGCACAGCCAUAGACCAGGCAGCUGGAGUCCUACUGGAGCAGGCCACAGAUGUGUUAAACAAGACAAGAGGCCAGGGUCAGAUGGCUGCAGAACAGAAGAAAACAAGAUAGCUUCUCAGGCAAACAAGAAGAUGCCUGAACGAGAUGUAAACUGCACAACGCAACCAAUUAUAUUAUACCAAAUAACGCACAUCUCCAAAUAUAGCACUUAAAUCUCUACUUUUAAUGCAGGUUGACUGAUUUUGUUAAAAUGUCUUAACCAGAUUUUAAAAUAUCAGUACAAGUGUGUGUGUGUGUGUGU